AUGCCCCGGAAGCGGUGGGGUCUGGAAAUAGCAGCGAGUGACGAGCGCUGGGUCGAGAGUUUGCCUUCUCUGGGUGAGGUCGGUGAUAAGCGCCGCAAGCUCUUGGGACAUGAGCAAGGAGAACACAGGUAUGCGGAGAGCAUUGAGGAGAAGAGCAAACGUGAAGCUCUUUCCCCGUCUUGCGCGACUGCUUUCUCCGACUAUACGGUGCUGCCUUCGGAGUCAGCGUAUUGCAGCCGUCCUUCGCGAUUCCCUUCCCCUCGUACCCACCUGAAGGCUCCCAAGUCGUCAUCGAAUGGACAGAUCGCAGAGCCUCGUAGCUUGGUAGGCCCUCUUUCUUCUUUGAAGCAACCCCUUUUUGCCGACCGCCUGCAUAACGCUUUGGUCACCGGUAGAGAACGGGCUGGCGACGCCGGGACAAACCUGGGUAAUCCAAACUGUGCAAUUUACGCCGCAGGGCAGCCACCCAGCCCGCGCGACCGCGCCACUGUUUGCAGCGCACCGCGUCCAGUGGUGGAGGAGCCUCUCAGUGACGACGAGGACUCUGUUGUAGCGCGUGAGAAUGCGCUAUCGGGCCGCAGCAGAGCCGGCCUUACUACCCGUGUGAGCAGCAGUUCGGAGAACCAUGGGUGGAGUAGCGCUUCGUUGGGCGGCGAGUCGGCACGAGCUGGCCGAGCCAUCUCCUUUGAAUCCCACGCCGCUUUUUGGAACAGCAGGGAGGUAUGCAUUUUUCGCGUGCGGCAAAGUCCGGUAGACAAGUACAACCCCACGGAGCCGGGGUGGAAAAAUGGGGAGGCCACAUCGUUAAACACGGAAAAGGCAAGUGGCUUGGAGAGACAAACACCAGCUGAUCGUAGAUGGAGUGCCCAAGGCGGGGAGAUAACGCCUGCCAGGAUCGAUGAGCCCUCCAGCAGCGAUGAGGAGUAG